AUGCAAGCCCCAAGGCUGCCAGAGUCUGUAGAUGGUGCCGCGCUCGCUCGCUCACACAGCAAGAAACCUUCGCCAGCUGACUUUAUGUUUGGUGCCACGCUUGGCGAAGGUGCUUAUGCUCGAGUUGUACACGCGCGUAUGAAAGACACUGGCGUCGAGUAUGCAGUGAAGAUCAUGGAGAAGCGUUUUAUUCGUAAAGAAAAAAAGGUCAAGUUUGUUAUGAUGGAGCGCAAAGUCUUUUCCAAGAUUUCGCACGACCGUGUCGUCAAACUCUUUUUUACUUUUCAGGAUAAUAGUUAUCUAUACAUGGUAAUGGAACUUUGCCGUGGUGGAGAGCUACUUGAUGUGAUCACCAAGCACCAGAAGAUGCAGAUUGCGGAAGGUUUUACUGAUCGCGCUUGUUCGCUGGAGCUAACACGACACUACAUUGCUGAAGUGGUUGUUGCACUUGAAUAUCUGCACAAGAAUGGCGUUAUUCACCGGGAUCUUAAACCUGAGAACAUUCUGAUUAGCGAUAGUGGUCAUAUCAAGGUGACCGACUUUGGAACGGCCAAGGAUGAGACGGAGGAAAGUCGACACAACACAUUUUGCGGUACAGCUGAAUAUGUAUCACCCGAAGUACUGCGUGAUCAAGAAGCGUCUCGCGGUUGCGAUUUGUGGGCGAUGGCAUGUAUGGUUUUUCAGCUUCUUGUUGGGCGUCCGAUGUUUCGUGCAGAGAACGAAUAUCUCACGUUCCAGCAGAUUUUGAACCACCCUGCCGAGGAUUUCGCAUACCCUCCGGGAUUUCCAGCAGUCGCGAAGGAUCUGCUUGAUCGUAUUCUUCUGCAAGAGCAAAAUCAGCGACUCGGUGCAGGCUCAGAUGAAGAAGGUAAUGGAUACGCAGCGCUGAAGGCCCAUCCCUUUUUUGAGGGUGUUGACUGGGACGUUGUCGGGAUAAUACAGCCACCUUACAUGCCGGAAUUAAAUCGACUACCUCCCACAGAAUAUGAUGGCGCAACUGAAGACUGGUUAUUUGCAGGUGUUGCUACCGAACUACAGGUUUCGUCUGGACUCGUGCUGGAUCCUUUGCCGACUCAAGCUGAACAUGUUGAUGUAGUAGAAGUGGCUCGUCAAAAGGCGGCAAUACCGCCUGCCGUGCGGCGAACGAGUUCACUCUGGAACAGGUUUUUGCUAGAUGAUGAAAUGAUAAAAAUGGGCGGGCUCAUCAGCAAGCGAAAGGGUCUUUUUUCAAAGAAGCGUCAAUUGAUUCUGACCUCAAAGCCCCGUUUAAUCUACAUCGAUCCCAUUAGAAUGCGACAAAAGGGCGAGAUUCCGUGGUCGGACAAUCUCUAUGUUAAUUCUAAAAGUGCAACAGCCUUUGACGUAGUAACGCCAAAUCGAGUGUAUCAUCUAAAUGAUCUGGUAAAUGGGUCAAAAAAGUGGAUUGAGGCCAUCAACGCAGCCCUUGUGCGUCGAAUGUAA